GUUACGAUUCAAGCUUGCUUUACAAAGUCAUUCAAACUUUAAAAUGUAGCUUUCUUGCUUUCUGAAAGUGCUUGUCGGCAAAUGUAUCCAAUUUAGUUAGAUAUGUAUUUUUAGUCUCUGCUAAUGACACCGCAUGAACCCGUAAGUACUGUGGUACUGGUAUCAACAGACCGGGAGGAAUGUUAAAAAAGAUCAACGCCGUGUUCCGACCAAAUCAUUCACAGAAAAAGCAGGACAGCCAGGCCCAUGGGGGCAAUGACAAGAACAAAGCCUGUGCUGUGAGACUAGUCCGCAGUACUUCAAUGCUCAUUGUCGGAGAAACGCGGCAAAAAACCAUCGUGUCUUCCUUAAAAAGAAGCCGAAGCUCUGUCAGCAUCGAGUCGACGGCAGUUUAUUUCUACAGGCAAGAGGACAGAAUAUGGCUGUAUUCCAGGACUCAGGACUGCCUACAGUACCUGGAGGAUCUGAUGGCACUGAGAAGACAAUACGUUAACAGCAUCAAUAAUCUGAAAACAGCAGGGAAAAAGGCAGACCUUGCCACGGACUCUGCUAACACAUCCAAACCCAAAGGGAAACCGCCACCUCCCCCACCUCCGGAUCAGCACGAGAAGGCAGCAAAAACUAAAGCAAAGGCUCCACCGGUUCCAGAUGAAGUGGACACUCUGGAGUACUUUGAUUCCAUCGUUGCCAGCUUUGACUCAGAAAAGAAAAGUAAGGCCCAUCUAGAUGAUGGACACGCAGAUGUCGACUUUGUUGUUGCCACCAGUACAAGUGAACACGAUAUACAUUCUAAUUGGAUGCUGCGAUCCCCGAGGAGGUUGUCAAUGGAUGAAUCAAAGCUCAAGAAGUCUGAGAAGAAAUCGAGAAGAAACAGCGAUGGUGCAAGAAUGGGCAGCUCAAAGAGACUGGAAAGAAACCCCAUUCAUUUACCCAAAGUGGUGGAAAGUGCCUUCCAAACAGUAAGAUUUAAACCAAAAAUAAAGAAAGAUUCAAUAUUUCAUUAGACGCAACCAAGUGGAGCAAUAUAACUAAACAUACAAUAUUAUGUGGACACAAUUAUGAAAAUAAAACAAAUUUCAUAGUAAUAACUAAAAAAAACAAUAAGGUAAAGGGGAGAGCAGAUGUAUGUAUUAUUUCUAUCAACUAGCCCACAAUAACUACCUAAUUUGGUCUUUCAAUACCCAGGUUAAAUCUGGUGAAAUAACACAGCCCCUGCCUCAGGGGCAUUGUGAGACAUGAGUCACAGGCAAGUGUCUUCAAACACUUGAGAAGAGGGUUGUCUCAGAACAAUUGCACCUUCAGCUUACACCAUUAUUAAACUCAAUGGCAAGAUGUAUUAUUCCACCACAGUGGUAACCGAUGACAAUAUGUUAUCAUGUGAUCGUGUGAUAUACUGUGAUGUUACAUAAAAUGUAUCACCACAAGGGUUGUAUAAAUAUUUGUAUCCAGCAAAAUCCACCUUCUGGAAGUCAGUUACCCACAUCUCUAUAUAAUUCAGCCUUCAUUCAACCAAGCAUUGAUUGUUCAACCAAGCAUGCAACAAGCGUGUUACUCCACGUUGCAGCACAGCACAGUAGAGAGGAAUCUGACACUGUAUAAUGUAUAACAUGAAAGGAAUCCCAAGUGGAAAUAAUCCAGUAUCUACAAAUGCCUAAACAUUUUUUUUUUAAAUCAAUUACAAUGUUAAAAUACACUUAAUGUGAAAGUAACAUCAAUCACUUGUCAGUACUUAACAGUUGUUCACAAUAAAAGGGAGAGGAGCUAAUGAAGGCUCCCCACAAGAAUUGUCAUCGAUUCCAGUUCUUUUGUUUGUAUUUGUUGUUGAAACAUUGUGAAG